CCCCCGACCCGCCCGCCCGCUGGGGCUGCGCACGGGUCCGUCCCAUCGCGGCGCCCCGUCCCAUCGCGGCGCCCCGUCCCACCGCAGUUCGCGCUGAAGCACAAAGAGUUCGCACAUCUCCGCGAGGUGAAGCUGUUCCCCAACGCCCUCAACCCGCACAAGGAGGAGGCGAGGGCGCUGGUCAGAGCCAUGAUCGACCGCGUCAUGGAGCUGCACCGAGACCUGAGGUGGUUCCACAUCGGCUGCGAUGAGGUCUAUUACCUUGGUGAAGGAGAGGAAUCCAAGCAGUGGCUGCAACAACAAGGGAACACGCCAGAGAAGCUGUGCUUAUUCCAUAUAAAAGCAAUAGCAAGUUAUGUGGCUUCAUCGUACCCCACUGUGACUCCCAUCAUGUGGGAUGACAUGCUGAGAGGGAUCAGCGAGGAAACAUUGGCAGGUGUGUCACCUGUGAUGGAAUCUGGGGUCCCACAGCUGGUGCAGCCUAUGAUAUGGGACUAUGCUGCCGACCUGGAUGUGGAGAGCAAAGUGCUUCUUAUAGAUAAGUAUCGUAGAUGUGGCUUCUCCAAGGUGUGGUUUGCUAGUGCUUUUAAGGGAGCUACAGGAGUGAAUCAGUCUCUAACACUUAUUGGACACCACUUAAAAAACCACCUUCAGUGGCUGAAAGUAGCAAGCAGCAUCCCUGCUGAUGUGCUCCAAGGUAUUGCAUUGACUGGCUGGCAGAGGUAUGAUCACUUCUCUGUUUUGUGUGAGCUUUUCCCCGUGGCAAUUCCAUCACUGGCUGUAUGUCUGCAGGCACUAGAGAAUGGUGGCUAUUCUGAAAAGGUUAAAGAAAAUGUGGAAAAGCUCCUGGGAAUGUCCAAUCUGGAAUUAGAUACUUUCAUGAGCACAAGUACGGGGACCUUUCCUGGCAGCAAUAUUCUUACCCUUGUGACACAAGUUAGCUUCUACCUCAAGUCCUCAGUGGAUGAACUUCUUGAAAGGAACAGGUAUGUCACAGGCUGGUUCAGUCCCUACCACAGAAAAAGGAAGAUUAUUCAUCCUAUAAUAAUGCAUCACUUUCAGCCAGAUGCAAUAAGUCUUCUGUCCAAGUGGAAUGCUGUGGUGCAAGACCUCCAGGCAGCCAUGGAGCAAGUCUUCCACAAGUGUACUGUAGAGGAGUGGAUGGAGGAAAACGUCCACCCCAGCCUAGAAAAGCUGCAGCAAGUGGUGGAUGAUUUAGAUAAAGCAAUAAAAGCACAAAAUUAGUCA